CUCGCAAAAUUCACCCAAGUCAUCAAGUACAGAAGAUGCAAGAAGAGCUUCCUUGUUAGUUGCAGAGAGGCAUGCCAAUUUUUCGUUCAUGGCGAGAUCAAAGAACACCAAGAACCCAUUCAUUACUCUUAACCCAUUUGAUUUCUUUCAAUCUCUUUUUUCGAUCUCUCCACUUAAAUCACUUCACUUCUGUCCGAAGAAGAACGUCCCAAGAAACCAAAGGCUCUGUUCUUACGGAAUUCCUUCUCUCGUGUGUAUCUUCCUGCUUGCCGCUUUCCUUCUCCUUGGAAUUUCAAGAAUCGACCUCGCACCCAUUUCUCCGCACUCGAUACCGUGUUAUCUCAUGGCUUCUUCAUCCGGAUUUCCUUACUCUUCUUUCUCAUCUCUCUCGCCUCCAUACUCUCCAUUACUUUUAUCUUCGCUAUCCAAGAUUGUGUCGGCCGAUGACGACGAGGACGUGCCGAGGCUGUUGAGUGGUGCGAUGUUGCCGUUGCCGGCUCACAGGGUCACCAGAAACUCGACUGCCGAGGAGAGGGAGUUCUGGCAGCAGCCUGACGGGGCGGGUUACCGGCCGUGCUUGGAGUUCAGUGUCGAGUAUAGAAGAGAUUCCGUGAGAAUCACCAAGGAGAAGAGGAGAUUCUUGGUAGUUGUGGCUUCAGGAGGAUUGAAUCAGCAGAAGAACGAGAUUGUUGACGCGGUUGUCAUUGCUAGAAUUCUUGAAGCCGCCUUGGUUAUGCCCAUUUUGCAAGUUAAUCCGAUAUGGGAAGACGAAAGUGAAUUUUCGGAUAUUUUUGAUGCGGAACAUUUCAGAAGGACGCUACAAGCUGAUGUUAGGAUUGUAUCAUCUCUUCCCUCCACUCAUUUGACCUCAAAGCAGUCUAUCGAGACCCGAAUUCCUUUCAACGUUUCACCUCUUUGGAUCCGCACCAGAUUCUUCAAACAAUUGAAUGAAGGUGUUCUGGUGUUGAAAGGAUUGGAUUCUAAACUCUCUAAGGAUCUCCCUCCGGAUCUUCAGAAGCUUCGCUGCAAGGUAUCAUUUCAUGCGUUGAGAUUUGCGGCUCCAAUUAGGGAACUUGGGAAUAGGCUGGCAAGGAGGAUAUGGAUUGAAGGUCCUUACAUUGCGUUGCAUCUUCGACUGGAGAAGGAUGUAUGGGCCAGAACUGGAUGUCUUACCGGCUUAGGGCCUGAAUACGAUGACAUUGUUGCCAUGGAACGGGAGUCUCGGCCGGAGUAUCUCACGGGAAGGUUGAAUAUGAGCCACCAUCAACGGAGGCUUGCAGGGCUUUGUCCUCUCAAUGCAUUAGAAGUUGCAAGGCUACUGAAGGCAUUGGGUGCGCCAAGGAGUGCACGAGUGUACUGUGCAGGAGGAAAACCAUUUGGCGGAAGUCGAGCGCUGCGGCCAUUGAUGAUGGAAUUUCCCAACGUGGUAACAAAGGAGAUGCUGGCGAGGGAUGGAGAGCUGGCACCAUACGUCAACAGGUCCUCAGCUCUGGCCGCAAUCGACUACAUUGUCUCCCUCAGCAGCGACGUCUUCAUGCCUUCCCAUGGUGGUAACAUGGCCCGUGCUAUGCAGGGUGACCGUGCCUACGCGGGUCAUAGGAAAUACAUAAAGCCAAACAAGCGAGCGAUGCUACCAUAUUUCGAGGAUGACUCCAUUUCAGAUGCAGAAUUUGGCAGCAUCAUGAAGAAGCUGCACAGGACACUGGUAGGGCAGCCAGAGCCCAGGACUAACAAAAGAGACCGCGAUGUGAUUGCGUAUCCCAUACCCGAUUGCAUGUGUACUCUUUAACCCAUUCCCCCACUCCCGACCCGAGCCUCCGAAUUUUCCUUUCAACCUAUCUUCUUACGAACGUCCGGGUCCGACUGCUUCUUGUCCAAUUAAUGUUUUCCAUUUCUCCAAUCUUCAGUAUACAAAUUUCCUUUUUUUUUUGAAGAAAAUAAGCAACUCGCUGUAACG